ACGCUCAUCUGCACUCUAUGAAUCAUACUAUCAGCACUGCACUACAGAGGAUGCUUGAAUUAACCGUUUAAUGUGGUUUUCGAUGAAUUUACCCAAAUAACCUGUGUAAAGUUUAAUUGCAUGGUUUUCUAAAUACGAUCAGAUUAUUUUGCUGAUUUACAGAGACGUGAAAUCCUUUUACUGUAACCGUGUUGUGUUGUCAUUUUCUCGAGACCGCUUGUUCUUAUCGAUUAGUAAAGGUGACAUGCUGUUAUUACAUCUUUAAAUGCCUAGCAUCAUAAUACAUAAAAUGCAGAAGGUCUGACACGACAUGAUCAACGAAGGGAUUAACGUAAAUCCUCAUCCUUUUACGUAAAGAUCCAUGAACGGCGCUGAACUCAGCUUGGACCUGGAAUUGAAAUCAUUUUAAAAAUGAUGAUUUUAAAAUACAGUGGUGUAAUAUUACAGCAUGUCAUUCGAAGUACAUUAACUAUCGUGUAUGUGCACAAUUUAGAAGUAUAUCAAUAAUAAAGAAAUAUAAGGGUGAUUCUUAGACUAUGGGCACUUUUAUGUUCUUUGGUCAUAUUUUUAAAAAUACAUAUCAUUUUGCACAAAUUCCUCUUUCUUUGUCAAACUAACAAUAAAACCACCUUAAAAACUUUUUACUACCUUUCUAUUAUGAUUUUUUCAUACUUUUCAACCUCCUUAGGUGUCAAAAUCACUGUUUUCUCCUUGUCGUACACACAGACUUUUAAACUUCAACAAUGAAAAUACAGUUUAAAAAUAUGAUUUAUCUGGUAACUAUUAAUGUACCCGAAUUAAGCACUAGUAAAAUAAUUAAAAUACAUUAUAGUAUUUAAUGUGAGACCACUAUCAGUAUUACUUUUUAUACAAAAUAUAGCUGUCGCACAGUAUUGGUGUCAUUUCCACCACAACACUGUAAUGUCUCUUUAAAAAGUUUGUGUGAAAGAUUGUUUAGGUGGUUUCUAUGGAAAUGUUCAGUGACAUCAGAGCACAUGUUGGACAUGGAAGGAAUUAAAAUUUUCAUGAACAACAUAUGAAGAAAAAUCAAGUUCCUGGUAUGCAAGAGAAAGCUGGAGAGUAAGAAGGAGGCACUGCUGAUCUUAUCAAAAGAACUGGACACCUGCCAGCAGGAAAGGGAUCAGUUUAAACUGAUGGCAAACCAGCUCCGUGAACGCCACCAAGGGCUCAAGAAAAAGUACAGAGAGCUUAUAGACGGCGACCCUUCUCUGCCUCCUGAAAAAAGAAACCAAGUCAAUUUGGCCCAGUUACUGAGAGACUCACGAGAAAAGAACAAACAGCUGAGCGAGGACAUGAAAGAACUGAAGCAACGUUUAGCGGAGGUGCAGGGUGAUAACAAGCUGCUGAGGAUGACCAUCGCAAAGCAGCGUCUAGGGGACGAAGAGGUGGGGACUCGUCACUUUCCAGCCCAUGAGAGAGAAGAUCUCGUUCAGCAGUUAGAAAGAGCUCGAGAACAGAAUGAAGCACUGGAACAAAGCUUAAAGGCAGCCACGGAUGAAUUACAGGACGUGAGAGCAGAGCGUAAUGUCUAUCAGGAGAAAGCUCACAGACUAAACAUGGAAAUUAACCACAUCUUGGGAAGCCAUGAGAAUCGCAUCCUGGAUAUAGAUGCUCUGUGUAUGGAGAACAGAUAUCUGCAUGAGCGGCUGAUGCAACUUCAGGAGGAGGUCAGCCUCCUCAAAUCAAACGUCAUGAAGUACAAGAGUGCUUUGGAAAGCAAGAAGAACUGUAAAGUCUAUGGCAAGUCCAACAGCAGUGCUCUGACAGGAGUCCUCUCUGCUAAACAAGUACAAGAGCUGUUGCUGUCAGAGGAGAAUGGCUGCAGUCUCCCGGUCACUUCACAGUCCAUCAGUGACCUGAAGUCGCUGGCCACUGCUCUGCUGGAGACCAUCCAUGAGAAGAACAUGGUCAUUCAGCAUCAACGGCAAACCAACAAGAUCCUGGGUAACCGGGUUGCAGAACUUGAAAGAAAGUUGAAAACAUUAGAGGUGUCUGGAUUGUGGAGUCUGCCAGGCAUCACCUACAAUGUGUCUCUCGGACUAGGGAGAAGGAAAGCCGUAAUUGUCCUCAGUGACUCUCAGCAUGUCCAGUCCACCACAGAACAGUCAGUCCAUCUGACACCUGAGUCAAUGGCAGGAGAUGAGGAGAUUGUUACUGGAGAAGAGGUGACAGAAGACACUGGACUCAGCUCAGAUGAGUGUCAAGCCGUGGCAGUCGAGUUGAACCAAGAGAGUGGUUAUUUCAACCGCACGUAUUCAGUCUCACAAACUCCACAAUUCAGUAAUCCAGCAGAAAGAAUCCAGCCUGUAGAGAGCACACAGUGUAAAGCCCUUGCUUGUUGUGACUCUGAGAGGGGAUCAGAACAACAUAAUGAAGAUCUCACGAGCCGUGGAUGUCAGUCUUUGAACACAGAAGCAUCUUUGAAAGGUUCGGAAGAAGAGGCUGAUGUGGAGAAUGAACUUCCUGUUGUUCAUUCUGAGGAGGAUUUUGAUAGUCAAGGUGCAUUAGAGGACAGUCGGCCUGUGGCUUCAGAGACCUUUAGCAGUUCUGGAUCUGAGUCAUAUACAGAGCGAUCGGUCGAAGAAGAAUCAGAGAAUGCUUCCCUAAACACAAGUUCUCCUGCUCAAACCUCAUCGCGCCAGGAAUGAACCUUCAUGAUGUUAAAAACUGUGAGAGAAAUUCAUAAAAACAACCUCCAUUCAUUUAAAGUCCCAUCAGUUUAAAUAAGAGUUCUGAUUCAGAACUCUAUGAAAAAGACUUUGGCAAAAGAAUAAAAACAAGAACAUUUGAAUGUCCAAAUGAGACCUGUUCAUUAUUCCAAUUAAGCUCAAAGCAAACUAAAAAGUUCACCAUUAGGCAAGCUGAAUAUUAAAAUCAACAAUGUUAAGGUUCAAUACCUGACGACAGUCAGUGUAUUUCUGGAGGUUUUUAAUAAGCUGAGAUGAUCAAGAAUCUCAAAUGAAUCCGUAGAUGUGACGCCACUAUGAUGACACUAAACCAGCAAGUUUAUUUUUUCCUAACAUUAUUAUGAAGUCAUUUUGACUAAUUUAAAUACCUUUGUAAUUACAUCUGGUGUAUUUUGUGGAUAAAACAUGACAAUUUAGAUUUUUUUUUUCCAUUGAGUAAAACAUAACAUGCGAUUCCUGUUCCACGUGCAAAAGCUAAAGGAUCUUUUUUCUUAGUUCUUUUCUUACAACACUGAAUGUCACAAUUUCAGCCAUUAUAUUUGUCUUAUUUAUCAUAUUAUUUGUGAUCUUGAUGAUUGUAAUCGUGUUUGAUCUGUAAAGGUUGGUGUAAAAUCAUUCUCUGUAGAUCACCUAAUAUUACACUGUAAUAUAGUGUACAAUUAAAAUGGGAACAAUCAUCAGCUUGAAAGCUUAAAUUAUAUUUAAUUAUGCACAAAAGCUCUGCAUCGCAGUACACCAGCCAUUUAGUUUGACCCUCUGCUGCUAUAUUAUUGAAUUAUUACUGCAUCAGUUUAUUUGGUUUACGUUGACUUGACCUGUUGGGUGCACCAAAAAAUAUUUGUAAUGAUGGAAGGAUUAUCUUGUUGUGUAUGUCCUCAAGUCAUUGAAAUAAAAAGUAACAUUCG